UUACGUCUACUUACACUAAACUCCGUUUCAAUUAAACGUAUAAUCGAAUCACGUAUGGUUACAUCACAAACACUGUCUCAUUUCUUUGCAAUCAAUCUAUCACCAACCACUUAGCAUUUGGACUUCCAUCUGGCAUAAUGUGGCCUGUACGUUUUGUCAUUUUACUCUUCACUCCAGUCCUAGCUGAUGUGACUACACCAGGAACAGAUAGGACAGUCUCAGAUGGGGUUACGAGUAUUGGAUCUAAUGUAGUGCAUGGUGACGAGGCUUUAACGGUCGUGAAUCAAGUUGUGGGUGAGGAAGAAAAGUGGAAUGCUAUGACGAAAAGCGCUGACGUGUAUCUUGCUCUGCCUCCGCUUCCAGCGCAAGACGUGAAGUGUUUGAUAUCAGUUGAUCGGUAUUGUUCCAAAGAUAUGGGUAAAAUGAAAAAUAUACUGAUACAGGCGUUAAAGGAUGAUUGCUCGAAAUGUAGCAAAGAAGAGAAAGUGAGUGCAGGAAGAGUCUUAGCUUCGAUGAUGGCGCACGACCCGACCGCCUGGAAGCUCUUCCUCACCAGGUACGACAGCCUUAACAAAAUACAGCGGACCCUCGGAUAAUACACCAUAUCGACCCUAUAAAUUUUAACUACAAAGAAGUUGCCCAAGCAAGAAAGACCUAGAUUCAAAAUCACCGGAGAACCUGAAUACAUUGAAUAUACUAGAAAUCGAUACACCAUGCCCG